UCCUCCCUUCUUUGCUCUGCCGUCUUCCUAUAAAACGAUCCGCACCUGGCCGCCUUCUCUUCACCACCACAGGAGCCAUCGCUCAGAAACUUGUACAGGAUUUGCAGAAGCCGCUGCUCUCCUUUGCCACCAAGCAGCAGCAGAAGCGCAAGAGGGGAGGAAAUGAAGACCGGUUUGGACGGGUCGACGGGGAUGCCAACGGCGAAGGAGAUUCGGGUGAGAGAAGUGUGGGCGCACAAUCUGGAGUCGGAGUUCGAGCUGAUUCGUGAGUUGGUUGACCAGUUUCCUUUCGUUGGUAUGGACACCGAGUUCCCCGGCGUCGUCAUCCGCCCCCCUGCCAAUUUCCGCCACCGAUCCGACUGCCUGUACUCCACCCUCAAGGCCAACGUCGACGCGCUCAACCUUAUACAGGUGGGGCUAACCCUCUCCGACGAGCGCGGCCGCCUCCCCGACCUCGGCGACCCCUCUGCGUCCUUCAUCUGGCAGUUCAACUUCCGUGACUUUGACCCCUCCCGAGACAUCUACGCCCCGGACUCGCUCGCCAUCCUUGAGCGCAGCGGCAUCGAUUUCGCCCGUAACCUCACCGACGGCGUCGACUCCGGCCGCUUCGCUGAGCUUCUGAUGUCGUCCGGCCUCGUCUGCAACGAGGCCGUCUGCUGGGUCACGUUCCACAGCGCCUACGAUUUUGGGUACUUGCUCAAGCUCCUCACCUGCCAGGCGCUUCCUGCCAGCCGCCGGGACUUCCUCCGGCUGAUGAGCGUCUACUUCUGCAACGUGUACGACCUCAAGCACCUUAUGCGCUAUACGGCCAGCCUCUACGGCGGCCUUAACAGGCUCGCCGAGUCGCUCAGCAUCGAGCGGCGCGUUGGAAAUUGCCAUCAGGCCGGCUCCGACAGCCUGCUCACCUGGGAGGCCUUCCUCCGGAUGAAGGACGACAUCUUCCGCGGGGGGAUGGAGAAGUAUGCAGGGGUGCUCUAUGGACUAGAGGGUGUUUGCUAUUGAUAAUAAAGGAGGACAAAGAAUCAUUCCUUCUUUUAUUUUCUUGUUUCUUCUCUCUUGAUCUUGUCCUGCAUCUCUCUGUUUUUCCGAUUUUGUUGCUGUCCACUUAAUCGAUCGAUAGAGUGGGCAAAUUGUAUAGAGAAAUUCUUUUUAGAUAAAUGGUAGUUAUUUGUUUAAUCUCAA